AUGCGUUAUCAACUGGGAUGGUUUCUUUUGCUGUCCAGUGCGCUGUGCACGACGGGUGAAACAGUGGGAGUGAAUCGUUUAGUGUGCGGCAGGCGUAAGGUGAGAUCCGUUUACCUCAUCCAUAAUGGCAUCGAUGCACGAGCCGGGCACUGGCCAUGGCAUGCGACCAUUUUUCAACGGAAGAACGGUGGCGAAGACUACAGCUGUGGAGCUACCAUCAUUGACAUAGACACAGUUCUUACCUCUGCUCACUGCGUUUUUCUGGGCAAUAAAUUACUACCAGUGAACCAAAUCUCGGUGCAUGUGGGACGUAUGCAGCUUUCACAAUCAGCCGACUACACACAGGUCCACGAAGUGCGGGAAAUCAUAGCGCAUCCUGGAUUCAAAUCAAGAAGAUUUGUGCAUGACAUCGCACUGAUCAAGCUCACCACCAACAUUACGAUGACAAAGUUCGUGCAGCCGGUGUGCCUGUGGACGAUGGACAGCGAUCAGGAGUUGAUCGUGGGUAAGAACGGUACGGUGCUCGGAUUCGGCUUGACGGAGCAAAAUGCUGUGGCGGAGCAGCUGAAACAGGCACGGGUUGGUGUUGUCGAUACGUUGACCUGCAUCGAAAACGAUCGGGCAGCAUUCGGCACACAACUGACGCAGGAGAUGUUCUGCGCCGGUGGAGAGCAGGGAGUGAGCGCCUGCAACGGUGACAGUGGUGGGGGUUUAUUUUUAGAAAUCGGAGGCAAGUGGUUCAUGCGGGGCAUAGUCUCGUUCAUACCCACACACAGAAAAACCGGCCUUUGCGACACCUCCAAGUAUACAGCGUUUACCGAUGUGGCGAAGUACAUGGGAUGGAUCGAACAGUACAUUAACCGGAACGUGUUAGUGUUCGACACGGACGACUACGAUGUGGAUUACGAAGAAAAGCUGCAUCUGUUUAACCUGAGCACGUGCGGCAUGACCUCUACCACCUUUUGGGCUGACGAGUCACAAUCAACUUUGCCUUGGUUGGGAAAUGUCAUCGUUUAUCCCUCUACCUACAGCAAGUGUAUUGUUACGCUUGUGAGCGAAUGGUACGCUAUUGGCCCAGCGAGUUGCUUGGAAAGUGCAGGUAGUGAGCUGCGUGUUAGAAUAGGUGAUUAUCAACAGUUGGAAACGAGCAAGUGCUUCGAUCGGAAUGGGACGACGGUGUGUUCGACGCCUUCGCAAACUCUGCAGAUCCACAGAAUAAUCAUCCAUCCACGGUACAACAGAAACCAGUUCACGGACAAUAUAGCGCUAAUUGAACUGCUAACGCCAGUAGACACAACAAGGCCUAACUCGAAACCCAUCUGUGUGCCGAUUGUGAAGGAGCUGUACACCAACCGAACGACCAACCUAUCCGUUGCCAGCUAUUCAGCGAAAAAUCGAUCGUUUGAGAGUAAAACCGUACAGUAUUUGAACGCAUCCUACUGCUCGGCUGUCUACUCGGCAAAAGGACUCAAACUGAGCUUGGAAGGCAAACGCAUUUGUGGAGUUUUAUCACCCGAAGAUGAAAUGGAUUGUGUCGCACUAAAAUCGGGCGUGAGCCUGCAGGAACUGGUUACCUUCGGUGCAGACGAGCGAUAUGUCCUGCGUGGAUUGGAUGGGUUCGGUCUAUCCUGCGGAGAAGAGUUACCACCGACUGUUUACAUUAAUUUGUAUGCCUAUCUCGACUGGAUGCUGUAUAACAUGAGAUCCAAUGCAGUAGACGAGUCGGCCGCAGAUUAUACCUUAGAGUCGAAAUGGAAGACAUUGCAACAGCAAGAAGGUAACGAAAAGCUUCGUCUCUUUGAUAUGGAUUCUUGCGGUGAAAGCUUAACCAUUCAAGGCAAUGCCCGGUCGAUUACUUAUAUGCCGUGGAUUGGGUCGCUAGAGGGAGUUGAAGAUGUGUUUAAAUCGCCCAGGAGGUUGCAAAGCAAAGUAGUACUCAUCAGUGAGUGGUAUGCAUUGGCUCCGGCUCAUAUCUUCAACAAAACAGUAUCAUGGCGUUCUAUUACUUUAGGCUAUCACGAUGUGAUUUUGGAAUUGCGUUGCAUGAUUCUACAGUGUGAUCCUCCAUACCAGCAGAUAGAAAUCAAGCAGGUUAUCCUGCAUCCGGACUACGAUGGGACAUUACAUUUGAACAACAUUGCUCUGAUCGAGCUGCUGGAGCCCGCAAACACGACCAAGCCUUUCAUAAGCCCCGUCUGUAUGCCGCUCAUGGAAGAGUUUCGCAAAAGCACACCGUUGGAGUACGGACUGGCAACCAGUAUUUUGAACACUAGAAGGGUGAUCCGUUUGGGCCCACUAAACUGUCAGGCGCGGCUCAUCCAUCAGGGACGAUUCGUUUCCAACUCUGAAGUUCCUUUAUGCGCAGAAGACUACGAGAGUGGUGUUAAGCCGUUUGUAGAGCAUGAAGGGUGCGCAUUGCAAGCACUUUCGUUUUUUGCCGACCAGAAACGAUUCUUCCUCAGCGGAUUGAGCUUUCUAUUGGAGACGACAAGUGCAGAAAAUGAAGCGUUACCGUACUUUUUUACGGACACUAACCUGCAUCUAAACUGGAUUCUGGACAAUAUGAACAUCAAAACAGAUCGUGAUAACUCACUCAACGAACUGACGGCCCAACCAAGCCGAUUAACUCGUUUACCAGUAAGAAACGUGUCCAAGCGAAGACUUUUCAAUUUCAACACUUGUGGCUUACAUUCAAAUAAUGCUGCCGAACCAUGGAUUGGGUUCGUGGAUGCAUGGGAUGCAACUACGCAGUCAAACCAAUUUACAGGUUGUGCCGUGACCCUAAUCAGCAAUUGGUAUGCCGUGGGUCCCGCGCGUUGUCUAAACCACGAAGUAGAGCGAUCGUUUGUUCAGUUCGGUGGUUACAAAAAGUUAACACAAGUGGAGUGUACCGGGGAGUUGUGUAGACCGUCAACACAGACCAUUCCGAUCGGGAAGAUCAUCCUGCAUCCGGGGUACACCACCAACGAGCAUGGCAACAAUAUUGCGUUGGUGCAGCUCGCUACACCAGCAGACAUUUCGCAAGAUAACGUAAAACCCAUCUGCUUGCCAGUCGUGGACGAGAUACGAAGUUAUGAUGUAUCCAGCAUGAGGGUGGGUUCGUUUGCUGCGUUGUUAGAUAGAUCCUUAAUAACGGCGGAGGUUGGAGAUAAGUACAUCGAUCCUGAGGAGUGCCAAAAGCGAUGGGAUAGCGUAGCUUUGACUGUUCCGAUACAGCACACGAAACUGUGUAUCCUUAGAUUAGAAGGUUCCGGCGGAACGGAUUGUUUCGGCAUAGAGCAAGGUUUUCCACUUCAUACGACACAGGAAUUAUUGGGAGCACAGCGACGUUUUCUUCGUGGCGUAAUGACUUAUAAACCUGGAGGCUGUGACACGUACCAUCCUCUUCUCUACAGUGAUGUUGAUGUUUAUCUUGAUUGGAUAUUGGAGAAUAUGGAUGUGACGUUGAAUACGCUGGGAACGGCAAACAACUUGACAGAAUAUCUAAUAUUUGUCUAA